AUGAAUACCCCAGACGAAACUGAAUGGCGCCCCCUACCCCCCGAACCCGCUUCUGGCAAGGUGGAGACGUGUUGCGCACUGGAAAAGGACAAGGCCGCCGUGGUGGAUAGCGCUGAGUCUCAAAUGAGGCCAUCUCCCGAAGUACCAGAGCUGCGCAGGAGCUCGAGGCCUAGAAGGAAGAGCCUCCGAGCGAAGGAGGCGUCGGCUGGUCCUGCUGACAGGCGAUCGAGCGUCCGCGUCCCCACUGGCGUCUCGAGAGCCUCAGAAACAGAGGCGAGCGCUGUGGCUGAAUCUUUGACAACCGAAAUCCCGGGCGCACUCACGGAGGGGUCGAAUGAUUUAUUAGCAAGCAUUCCGGCGAGGAGCGACACCAACAGUGAAGAAGCGGCGAACGUCAGAGGACGAAAGAGGGUGAAGCUUUCUUCUGAUUCAGAGGUUAAUAUCUCCGAGGCCAAGAGGAAGCAGAAGCAGACCAUCACAAGCGCCCGUGGAGGAGGGGUCGGGCGCGGGACUGAUGAAGAAGAGAAAGAAAACCUCAGCCCCACGCCACAGUCGGCCAGCGUUCCGUCGCAAGGAAUUCCUGGAGUAGCAUUGCCUUUCGCUCCAAUCGAUACGUCGACCCAACAGGUCACCAAGGAGAAAAGGAAGAAACCAAAGGGUACAAUAGACGCCUGGAUAGGGACAUACAAGACAGAACACCGCAGCGAGUACAUGGGAGAGCGCGAUUGGCUCAACGGCUGCAAGUUUUCGCUGACACUCGUCACCGAUAAAGUCUCUUCAGAGCUCUGGGGCCACUUCAACAACAAGAAGUUCGAAUCCGUCGUCCGUGCACAGAAGAAAAACUCCUCCGUACGAGUCGGCGAGGAGAUAAAAUUCUACUGGUGCGCAGAGGACAAGUCCGGGUUGAAGACCCGGAAGGGAAGCGUCGAGGAAGGGACACUCACGUUCCUUGGCGAUGGCGUAGUUAAGGAGGUAUAUCACAAUGAGGCUGACACCUAUCUUGAUCAGCUUAUCUGGUGGCUUGCUAUCAACCACAACAUUGCAAUCUCCCAGAGUGCACUCCACAAAAACCUGCAAGAUGCUGGCCUCACGAGAAAGCUGCUGCACAAAAUCGCAAAGGAACAGGAUGAAGAGGUCCAGGCAGAGUUCAUGGAGGUCAUCCAUGACCACUCUGCAGGCACUGGCGACGAAUUUCUGUUCAUCGACGAAAUGAGCAAGAAUGAUCACGAUACAGCUCGGCAUUAUGGACUUGCGCUCUCUGGACAACAAGCUGACUUCAUCGACAACUUUGUUUGUGGAGAUAGGUACUCUAUGGCUGCUUCCAUGUCAACAGAAGGUUAUAUUUCUACACACGUUGUCCCUGGCUCUUUCAAUGCAGAUGAAUUCCGUGAUUACAUUGUUGAGCAAGUGCUCCCUGAAACAAACCCAUAUCCAGGAAGAUGA